CUUCUUCUAGAACUCACAAUAACUCUUAACUUCAUUCAUUAAAAUUUUAAAUCUACAAUAAUGGAUUUGGAGAAGAAAUUAGAUGUAGGAUAUGUUGAAGAAAAUAUUGAAGAUAGUCCUAAGAAGAAGAUGCGUGGUGGGAUUCGAACAUUGCCUUUCAUUCUCGCAAAUGAAAUAUGCGACAGAUUUGCUGGAGUUGGAUUUCAUGCAAAUAUGAUAACAUACUUGACCCAACAACUCAACAUGCCUCUUGUACAAGCCUCCAAUACACUCACCAAUUUUGGGGGGACUGCUAGUUUUACUCCUCUUAUUGGUGCUUUGAUUGCCGACUCUUUUGCUGGCCAAUUUUGGACUAUUACCAUUGGUUCUAUCUUCUAUCAAUUGGGGAUGUUCAGUGUUACCAUGACAGCCAUUCUCCCGAAACUCCACCCUCCGCCGUGCCCUACACAAGUGAACUGCCAAGAAGCAUCAACACAACAACUUUGGGUAUUAUACAUGGCUCUCCUCCUAACAACUAUAGGGACGGGUGGCAUCCGGCCUUGCGUGGUGACAUUCGCAGCCAACCAGUUUGACAUGAGCAAGUCCGGUGUUGCAGGGCGCAAGUGGAACUACUUCAACUGGUAUUACUUCUUCAUGGGACUCGCAACACUAACUGCACUGACUGUUAUAGUCUAUAUCCAAGACAAUGUGGGCUGGGGUUGGGGGCUCGGAAUCCCAACAAUGGCUAUGACAAUAUCGGUUAUAGCCUUUGUGAUCGGAUAUCCGCUUUACCUCAAACAUAAGCCUGCAGGAAGCCCUUUGGUUAGAAUGUUUCAAGUGGCUGUUGCUGCUUGGAAGAAGAGGAAUGCUCCGUUGCCAGCUGACCGCAGUUUGCUGUACCAAAACAAGGAACUUGAUGCUCUUAUCUCUACUGAUGGAAGACUUCUGCACUCUGAACAGUUCACGUGGCUCGACAAGGCAGCAGUAGUAACAGAAGGAGAGGCAAAAGAUUCAAAACCACCAAACUUAUGGAGAUUGUCUACAGUCCAUAGAGUGGAAGAGCUGAAAUCUAUCAUCCGGGUGUUACCGAUAUGGGCAGCUGGAAUCCUGCUCGUGACUGCAUCAUCUCAUCAAGGCAGCUUUGUGCUCACACAAGCUCGGACAAUGGACCGUCACCUCUCUUCUUCAUUUCAAAUACCUCCAGCUAGUCUUUCAAUAUUUAGCAUUGGGACCAUGCUCAUUGGGCUCGUUGUCUAUGAGCGUGCUUUUGUUCCUUUUGUACGUAGAUUCACUGGAAACCCUGUAGGCAUAUCAUGUUUACAGCGGAUGGGGAUAGGAUACGUGAUCAACAUAGUCGCAACUCUUGUAGCCUCUCUGGUUGAGAAGAAGAGGAAAUCAGUUGCUACUCAUUACCACCUUUUGGACAGUCCUAUGGCUAUUAUUCCCAUCAGUGUCUUUUGGUUAGUCCCGCAAUAUUGCCUCCACGGAUUAGCAGAAGUUUUCAUGAAUGUCGGUCAUCUUGAGUUUCUGUACGAUCAAGCACCUGAGAGCAUGAGAAGCACCGCUGUUGCACUCUAUUGCUUAACGACAUCAGUAGGAAACUACUUAGGGACGAUGGUAGUCUCGAUGGUUCAUGGUUACACAGGAAAAGAGCACAAUUGGCUUCCUGAUAGGAACAUCAACAAGGGAAGGUUGGAGUACUACUUCUUGCUUGUCUCUGGCAUACAAGUAAUAAAUCUCAUAUAUUAUGUUCUAUGUGCAUCGUUAUACACAUAUAAGCCUUUGGAGCAGGUCAAAGACUCUGAUGAGCAAGGGGAGGAUUUAUGUACCCAUUCUCCAUGGUCAAAAGUUAUAGUAGACAAGGAUAGCGAAGUUGAACUCUCGAAAGGCAAAUAGAAUUUGAUAAACUAGAAAUAGCAGAGUUUAAUGUAUAACUAAUAGAAAUGUAAUCACAUUUCACACUUAAUUAGCUGAAAACCUCUGCUUAGUCACCUGCAUAUAACUAGUUAUAGCUUAAUAACAAAGCAAAUUUGUAAGUUAUGCAAGUAUUUUUAUGAUAAAUGCAUCCUCAACCUACAAUAUAGUACACCA